AUGGAGAGGACAAUUUCUACGGAAGAAGCUGAACUGUUGAUGGGUCAUGUUUUAUCAAAUCAGGAAAAUGUUAGUCCUCAUGAAAAUAUAACUGUAUCAGAAACAAAUAGUUCUCUUACUUAUGAUAAUAUAAAUUUCAAUCAUACUGAAGAUCUAAUAGUUAAUAAACAACAACUACAAGAAACAUUGGACCACUCUAUUCAUGAUUCUUGUAUAACGAUGGACCAACAAGAAAUUACUAAAGACCAGAAUGGAUUUGUUGAUGAUGCUCAGCAUCAUUUUGAAGAUAAGACAGAUUUAUUAAAAGAUGAUAUCCACUCUGAAAUAGUUCGAGAAGAGAUAAAAUUGGAGCAAAAUCCACCAUUACAUCUUUCUCCAGAAGAGAAAGAAGAAUUUGUGCAUCAGGAUAUCUGUAGAGAUAACAGUACUGAACAGUUAAACACUGAAAAUGAUAUUAUAAAACAGGAAGGUGAAGAAAAUCUGAGUACUGAAGGUUCUAGUCAUAAUGAAGUUAUGCAGUCUUCACCGGCGGUAUGCUUUUCUCGUUCAAAUGUAGUUGAAUAUCCACCUCCUGAGCAGACACACCUUGUUGAUAUAGAUGAACAAAUGUAUAAUCAGCAAAAAAAUAAUAUUUCAAACAUUCAAUCUUCAGAAACUGUUGGAGAGAAAGAUUUAAUCCAUGAGCAGAUUGUACAGAAUGAGUUAUUGGAAUGUUCAGCUGAACCUCGUCCAUUCCAUAAUCUAUCUAACAAUGAAGAAUUCUCUAAUUCAGAACUUUUUGACACAGAUAACAAGGUGAAUUUCGUUGAAACUGAGAAUACAUUAGAUAACGUAAUUUCAGAACAUGUCGAACAGAAAGAUGAAAUCCAAGAAACAAUGGAAAAAGAGUUCAACGAAAGCUUAAUCAAUUCAGGUGAAACAAAAAUUUUGUCGGCUGAUGAACCACCUAUUAAUUUGAAUGAUGACAUAAAUGCAAAACAAACCGAGAAUCUCUCCCACCAUAAAAACACAGAGCAUGAAGUACCGAUUGACGAGGAGGAAACACUCAAUGAACUAGAUAAAUGCUUAUCUCAACCAGGUUUGACACAUGAUCCAAUGCAUAGUGUAUCUCCUAUCACCACGGAUCCUAUUAAUUUGAAUGAUGAUAUACAUGUCGAACAAACUGAGAAUCUCUCCCACCAUAAGAACACAGAGCAUGAAGUACCGAUUGACGAGGAGGAAACACUCAAUGAACUAGAUAAAUGCUUAUCUCAACCAGGUUUGACACAUGAUCCAAUGCAUAGUGUAUCUCCUAUCACCACGGAUCCUAUUAAUUUUAAUGAUGAUAUGCAUGUUGAACAAACUGAGAAUCUGUCACACUCUGAAAACACGGAGUCUAUUAAUUUGAAUGAUGAUAUACAUGUCGAACAAACUGAGAAUCUCUCCCACCAUAAGAACACAGAGCAUGAAGUACCGAUUGACGAGGAGGAAACACUCAAUGAACUAGAUAAAUGCUUAUCUCAACCAGGUUUGACACAUGAUCCAAUGCAUAGUGUAUCUCCUAUCACCACGGAUCCUAUUAAUUUUAAUGAUGAUAUACAUGUUGAACAAACUGAGAAUCUGUCACACUCUGAAAACACGGAGUCUAUUAAUUUGAAUGGUGAUAUACAUGCAGAACAAACUGAGUACACUUCAUCUUCUGAAUACAAUGUAAAUAAUAAUAUAUCUACGGAAAAGUUCAUUGACACUGUAGUGGAAAGCUCAGCUGAACCAGUUAUGGAAUGCGAUUUCUCGUCAAAUGAGUCACGUUUUACAUCAGAACUGGUAUUAAUUGAAGAAAAUAGAGAAGCUACUACAGACGUUGACUUAGAACAUCCUACUGAAGAUAUUAAAACGGAAGAUAUUCAUCAUAAGCAAGCAAAUGACACUGAAACUUUAACUUCACUCGAAGAAUCAGUUAACCUGCAAAAUACAAUGAACUCGACUCAUAUUGAUGAUGAAAUUGAUCAGCAUCAAAUACUUGAAAUAUCGUACAAUGAAAAUCAUUCUGAUGUUCCACUUAAUGCAGGUACCAUCGAUGUAAUCACUUCAGAGAAUUUACAUACAAAUUUGAUAAGUACAAAUGAUGUACUAAAACAACAGGAUGUGUUCAAUUCAAUGUCAAUGGAUGAUGAUAACGAUAUCAUUAAAAAUUUAGAAAAUUCUAAAAAUAAUGAAAUUCAUGAAUUUGAAGAUGAAGCCCAAUCGUUAGUUCAAUCUGUUUUAAGCAAUGCUAAAGAAUUUAUCUUUAAUGAGAAUAAUUUUGAUAAUCAUUACAACUCUGAUAACAUGAAUACAAAUCUUAACUUGACCAAUAAUAACAAUAAUGAUUAUCUUACUACUAAUAAUAACAGUUCUACUAAUGAAGAAGAUACUAUUGAAAUGAAACAAGAUAUAACAAUGAAAACAUCAAUGGAAUUUGAUCAUUCUGAUCUAUCUGAAUUAAAUAAUCAACUUUUAAAGAACACAAAUGAUCUUGCCAUAGCAUAA